AUGAAACACCGUCAGAGGGAGGUGCUCCGGCUGGUCCCCAGGAGGCUGGAAACUGGGAACAGCAAAUCUGAGGCACCUGUGGUCCCAGAGCCACCCCAGAACAGCACAAUAAAGGUGCUGGCAGCCACUAAAGUACUGAAUCCUUGAGGUUUUAUGCACGUUUAGGUUUUGCCUGGCUCUGCUCAGGAGGAAGGAAAGGCCUUGGCUUGAAGCAGCGAGCCUCCAAGGGAACAAGUGUUCUGGGAAAACAACCGUAGCAAAAAACCACUCACUCUUGGACACUUCACCCCCCUCAGGAAGCCUUAUCAGGAGCUUGGCGAGAUCCUCUACACAAAUCAAACAAAACCUCACCUCUGCUCUCUGGGGCAGCUUGCACGGACUGAUUCACUGGAACCAGAGAGGAGGGAAAUGGGAAUGGACCUGAGGCCUCUUAGAACAGCUGUAGCUCAGGCAAGACAUCAUCUCAGUUCUAUGAAGCAAGGUGGAGAAUACUAUAUACUCCAUCAGGAGUCACUGGAGAGGAAGAACCCACUGAAAGCAGCCCAGCAGGCUCAGGGCACAUGAGAAAGAACUGAGUUCCAGCCACUCGAAUAUUCCUGUGAUGCAGAGGAGUCAGAGGAACAAAUAAACACUCGCAUUCUGACAGAAGAGGCCCACAUGAGGAAGUCAGGGAAGAAGGAAAAAAAGAUGACCUGACAGUCCUUUAGUCCUAUUUAUACCAAUGUCUGGAUUCCAGUGCUCCUGGAGCAAAAAAAGGUAAAUUUGAAGGAAGAUUCAUAUCCUCUGUGUGAACAUCUUUUCCAACAGCUGUGUGCCACACACUGGCUUUUGGAAGCUUUGACUCUCAGAUCCAACAGUUUGAUGCAUUCCAUAUUAACCCACUGGAAUCCAAGUUCUAUAGUAAUAGAUACAUACCUACAGGAAGUCAUCACAGGUAAAAUGUCAAAAGGUGUCCAUAAACAAAAAGAGAUUGUUAAGAAGAUUGGACUGCAGAGCUGCCAUAUCAGCUCUUUCAUUAAAAGCAAAUCUGACUCGUGUGCUGAUGUGAGGCAAAAGUUCCAGCAACGUGAAGAAGCAGCUUGCUCUUUAUGUGACACCCUAGUGAGCCUUGAGAGGUUUCCUGUAGUGCUUGCCAGACUCGCUCGGUCUGUGAGGAGUGACUGUUUCGUACGGAAAAUCUUAAAAAACCUGGAAAAAUAUGGCAAGAAUCCCGACUUGAAAAUUCCAGACACGUUUCUUAAGGUUCUGGCUGAGGUACACAUGUGGUGA